GUGGGGGGCGGGGGGGGGGGGGUGCGUGGGCGGCUCCCCCGACUAUUUAAGCAGAUUCCAGCAGAUGGUCGUGGAACUUUCCUCCUGGAGACGCCACGCACUCGAUCCUACGGGACUGACCCGCCGCCAGAGACAAGUCCUGGGACCCACUUUGGAGGAAGAACCUUCCAGCGUGCAACCAUGCCCUCGGACUUCCUGACUCCUUUCCUGGAGUUGGACCAGGAGUUUGUCAAGAGCUUUGGCAUGGACUUGAUGGAGGCGGCGGCCGGCCUCCAGCCAGCACGCGGCUUCCAGCGCCGUCAUUCCCUGUGCCCCGUGACGCUCCCCAACUCCAAGUUCAACGACGCGGAGUCGCCCCGCUGGGGCUGGGGGCCGGACGACGGGCCCCAGUGGAAGCGGGACGGCCAGCUGCCUCGCUCGGCGCUCAGCCACAUCCCCUUCCGGAUGGACCGCUCGGUCAGCAUGAUCGAGGGCGCCUUCGCCGAGGUGCCACCGCUUCCGCCCCCGCCGGGCCUCCGCCUGCUCACACCCCCGCUGUCGCCGCCGUCGCCGCACAUGUCCACGCGCUACAAGACGGAGCUGUGCCGCACCUUCGAGGAGAGCGGCACGUGCAAGUACGGCGCCAAGUGUCAGUUUGCGCACGGCGAGGACGAGCUGCGCGGCCUGAGCCGCCAUCCCAAAUACAAGACGGAGCCGUGUCGCACCUUCCACACCAUCGGCUUCUGCCCCUACGGCGCACGCUGCCACUUCAUCCACAACGCCGACGAGAUGCUGCAGGCCCCGCCCCCCCAGAGGAGCAAGCUGAGGCCGCCUCCCCUGCGCCACAGCCUCAGCUUCGCCGGCUUCUCCUCCUCAUCGCCCGCCCGCGCCUUCCGGCCCGUCGACAACUCGCGGGCCUCAUCGCUGCUCUUCGGCCGCUCCUCCUCGGUGUCGCCGUCGCCUUGCUCCUCGGAGAGCCCGGACCUGUCUCCACUCUUCCCAGAGGUGGGGCAACUGCGUCCGUGCCCCCGCCCCUUUUCCGCCACCAAUCAAGACAGCGACUCGGCUCUCGGCUUCUUUGCCGCGGCCGCCGCCACCGAGUACCCCGCCCUCGCCUACCAGACCCCCGGCCGGGCGUCCCUGCUCGGCCUCCAGCGCUGCUCCUCGGCCGACUCGCUCUCCGAGGAGGGCUACGCCUCCUCCUGCUCCCUAAGCUCCGCCUCCAGCGGCACAGAGUCGCCAGGCUGCGAGGGGCGCCGCCUGCCCAUCUUCAGCCGCCUGUCUAUCACUGACGAGUAGGGAUGGGGGGGGGGCUCUGACUCCGAACGUUCUGCCUUUGGGUCACAUGACUUCUGUGUGACGGCGCCGAGUCAACGGACCUACGUUUGUGCAUAUUGCAUCACGUCCUGGCGGCUGUAGCGCUGCUGGUGUCGUUGUUUCACGCUUACCGCUGUAUACUGUUGUAUACUCACGUGGGGAGGCGGGGCGGGGCGGUCCCGCCCACCUGGGGGUUCUGUAGAACUUCCUGCUCUCUGCUUUAAGACAAAAUUUGUUUUGGUUUUUUUAGCUAGCACACACCUAGCCAGUUUUGCUAACAUUAACCUAGCUAUUUUACGUUAGCGUCUAGACUUUUCCACACAUAUUUAUUUGCCUUUGUGCUUUAGCGGGCGGCUGGAGAGGAGACGAGGAGACGAUUACUUUUGGCAUUCUGUUUCCGUGUUGCCUUACCGCGUCAAUCACGACUCGUCGAAGUGCUUCCUGUCGCCGUCGACGACGAGUCCGCUCUCCUCUCCGACAUAGCCGCCAGCAUAAUAGCGUGCCGUGCUAACGACACGACGACGCGCUGCUCGCUAGUCGCUAACAAGUUAGCUUGCGAUUGGCAGACAAAAGCCAACAAGUUGAAAUGAAAUCAUGUUUUUUUUUGUUGACAAACUUUGUUGUUAAAUUAAAGUCUUAUUUAUUUGUUGGGUUUUUUUAAGCAAAACUUGUGUUUUGUUGUUUGGUACGCCGCCUUGAUGGACAUGAUUCUAAGUGUUGUUUACACCCUGUGCUCGCUAUCUUAAUAUA